AUGGUCGACUUGCUGAUCAACAAGAUUGCUCGGUUUAAUGCAUUUGGCGUUGGGGCCCUGUCGAUAUUCUUGAAUCUGCUAUUGCUAUAUUGUAUCAAUGCAAAGUCUACGAAGCAUAUGGCGCAGUAUAGGGUAAUCAUGAUGAUAAUGUGUGGAUUUAAUAUCAAGUUUUCAAUCGUGCACAUGCUUUCCGUGCCGACAGUCCACAUCCACGAGCUGGACCUCCUCAUCCUUAAUACGGGUUACAUCAAAGAUGUGAUGUUGGGUCGAAUACUAUUGGUGUUUUUUGUAUUCUCAUUUGCUCAGACAAUUGUCCUCAUCGCUAGCCAUUUUGCAAAUCGAUACCUCAUCAUCUGCAAGUCACAUUUCAUAUUACACUACUCAACUUGUAUCUACGCGAUCGGAUUCAUUAUUAGCUAUUUCGCAAUUAUUUCUUGGACGGCCAUUUUUUGCGUUGCCGUCUGGCCAAAAAGACCGGAAAUGGAGAGCUCCGUCGUAGCAGAACAUCAACUUCAAGGCGAGCCGUAUUUGGAAAGUCCAUACAUGGGCAAUCCAGCCUUCGUUGUCUCGUUCGCCUACCUCUGCCUAAUUUUGAUCACCUGCAUGGUAAUUUCGGCAUGCGCAAAUCGAGGGGAUCGGCUGCAAAGCCAGCUGUUUCGAUGCUUGGUUUUUCAGACCUUGGUACCAAUAAUUUGUGCUCAUCUACCAAUCUACCUAGCUUUCGUAUUGCCAAUGUUCGGGACGAGGGACUCGAUCCUAGACCUGCUUCCGCUCCCAAUCGCCUGGUACCCAGCCAUCGACCCGAUCGUGGUGAUCUUUAAUGUGCGAUCGUAUAAACAUCAGAUCUUCCAGUUAUUGAGGAUUCCCGAGAACACCAACUCCAACUCCGCGACGAUGCCAGUUUACGGCCGGGGAGUUAGCAGCCAGGAGCGGACUGUCCGAAAUGCG